UUGCUCCAUUAACUCUGCCCAAUUCACUCUGCGAGAUAAGACGCUCGCUCCACUGUUUCUUUUCGACCCCAAAAGAGAAAUCCCGAAACCAAGUUUUUGCAGGUACAGCUUCACUAACUCUUGCUUUCAUGCAUUCUGAUUCAUUUCUGUAGUGUUCAUCGCCUCUCAUCUCCGCUCUAGAGCCCUUCUUCCUUCUGGAUGAAUCAUCCCCAUUUUGCGGGAGGCCAAUUUCUUGAUAAUACUUGGUACCCAAUUCACAGAGCGUUGAAUUAAGAAAAAUCUGAUGUCGGUUUACCGUGGAACCUCAAUUGGUUUUGACACCCUCGUGCCAAAGAAAGAUUGCAUUUGCAAUUUCAACAAAUUGACAUUUAGAGCCGCUAGUUUCAAGUGUUCCCACAACCAAGCCGUGCAGCCGUUUACUAGUUCCCCCACAAUUGAGAGGCGUAUUGUGAAGAAGGUUGGGAAGGAGGCGCAUCAUUUAUGGAAGAAAAGAGAUUCUGCUGGCUCUGGGCAAAAGGCCCUUAAUCUUGUUAGAAUUGUCUCCCAAUGUCCUAAUGAAAAAGAAGCUGUCUAUGGAGCGUUAAAUAAGUGGAUAGCUUGGGAGACAGAGUUUCCGUUGAUUGCGGCUGCUAAAGCUUUAAGAAUACUGAGGAAGAGAAGUCAAUGGAAGCGAGUCAUUCAAGUGGCGAAGUGGAUGUUAAGCAAGGGUCAAGGAGCCACAAUGGGAACAUAUGACUCCCUUUUACUGGCAUUCGAUAUGGACAAGAGGGUGGACGAAGCCGAAUCCUUAUGGAACAUGAUUUUGCAUACGCAUACACGUUCCAUCUCUAAGCAGUUAUUUUCUAGGAUGAUCUCUUUGUACGAUCAUCAUGACUUGCAAGAUAAGAUAUUUGCAGACAUGGAGGAGUUAGGUGUAAAACCAGAUGAAGAUACUGUUAGAAGAGUCGCACGUGCCUUUCAGAAAUUAGGUCAAGAAGAAAACCGCAAAAUGGUCCAUAAAAGAUAUGGCUGCAAAUGGAAAUAUAUACACUUUAAAGGUGAGAGGGUUAGAGUGAAAAGAGAUGGAUGGGAUGAAGAUGAUGAAAGAUGAAUCGAACUGAAAAAAAAAGAAGAGAUUUGUUAUUGAAACUACUGAAGAAGCAGAGAUGGCUGAACUCUAGCAUGGACAAGUUCAUGAGGUACAUAUCUAUCGGUCCCGAUUAUAUGCAUUUAAGCAAGCUGGAACCUAGAUUUUCAGUCUUAUUUUUCUCCUCUACGCUACAGAGAUAAUACAAACAUUGUAAGAUUUAAAUAGGUAGGAAAUGAAAACAGAAAAUAGUGUAUAUGAAGUUGUUUUCUGGAAGCUUGAUUCUCUUUCAGGCUUCGAGGUAGGAAACGAAACAGCAAACGGGGUCUGAAACAAGUAGAUGUUCAUGGGGGACGAACGACCCAUUUGUCGAACUUGGAUAAGAUAUGGUGUGCAGGUUGAGUAUAUUUCACAUCAAGCUUGAAAUCUUCAAACUGAAGCACCAUCAAGUGUGGACAAAGCUUUUGAUCAAAUCAGUGGUAGAAUUAUGUAAAAAGAAAAGUGGACAGAAAGUUUGAUACAAGAUGGGAUUUGAACAAUCCAUCCCAACAAACAAAAAAAGAAAGUGAUCUUAAAUAAUUGAGAACCAGUAUUUUAAUAAAUGUGAAGAUCCAAUCCAUGGCAUCAGAAUUCAAACAGAAGUGGAGAUCCAGACCCAGCUGGAUGAGGAUGCCAUUCCUGUCAAGUACAGAGGACAGUCCCAUCGCUCCAACAAAAAACUAUUCAUAAAACGUACCAUAUGGGCAUGCCCAUGCUUCCACCACGURUGUAUGCUGAUCUGUAAACUUUUAAUAUUAGUAUUUGUUCUAUUUUAGUGUAAGCUUUCUAAAUGUCUAUUAUUUUAGUUUCUGUUAUUUUAAUUUUAACAAAUUAAUAACAUGGUUUCAUGUA